GGAAAUACUCAUGUCGUGUGUUCAUCUGUCCAAUAACAUGUUCGCUGAGCAGAAGACGUGGACAUGAUUGCUCAACAACAAUUGCAAUGUCCUCGUCUAAGAAUUAUUCUGCUCUGCAAAUACGGAAAUCCAUGCAUGAUGCUCUUGAGGAAAAACUGAAUCACUGCUUACUACAAUUUGACGAUGAACUCUUAUAGAUGCUUCCUCACGACAUUAUGGUGAGGCAAAUAACAACGCAGACCUCUCUCUUCUUGAUGUCGAUUUUCAGUUAAUUUUGAUUCUCGGCUUCGUCGUUUGCACCGAUGAGCACUUGCCGAAGAAAGGAGUAGUGAUGUCGUAGAGAUGAACUUUGAUUCGCAUAUACUCGUUGUUGACGGACGGAAGUCGCCUGUACCCGCAUAAAAUUGCAAGAUGAACGUCCUCACUUUGUUUUUGACUGUUUAAAUACACGCUAAAAAUGUCAACAUUCAAUGAUUGGAUUAGCCUCGACCUAGUUGUACUUAAUAAUUAUGCUCCAGCAACAACGUACACGUACUAGACCACAGCUCACAUUCAACGACGAAACCAAAGCGCAUCUACGAAACAACAUCAAAAAUAGAGAAGGAUUCUUCUGGUAAGCACGCUGCUUUCAGAAUCAGAAAUAGAUGCUUAGAGUCUAUCUCUAUCAACACUGUAGAGAAAUUCAACAUCAAGAACAAAAAAAAUGUCUGACUUCGUCAAGCUGAAGAGUUCUCAGAACGAUGUUUUCGUCGUCGAAAAAGAAGUGGCAUUGAUGUCCCAACUGCUCCGAACCAUGAUUGACGACUGCGCGAGUGACGAGGAAAUCCCGCUUCCCAAUGUGAAGACGCCAAUUCUUCAGAAGGUACUUUCCGUUUGCUAUUGCUAACUACUGGCAGCACUAGAAGAAGUUGAAGCACUCACAACUACAAGUAAGUACUAGUGCAACUAUUACAGUUUUAAUGUUAUUUGCGAUCAGCCUCACCCUCAGCUCUUCUACUUCUCCAUGGUAGCUCUAGUCGUGUGGUGGUGCUUGAUACGGAUGUACACUCAUCUAUUUCCGAUAGCAGUAGAGCCAGAGGACACAACGAACAGUACAAUUACAAUUCUUGCUUUCAGGAACAAAUUGGUAUCAGCAUUAUGAUUACGUAUCGUUGUGCAUUUUUUUCGAAAUUGUAUCUAACCAGGUCAUCGACUACUGCAAGCAUCAUCGUGAGGAGCAGCCGGAAGAGAUCCAGAAGCCCCUGAAGAGUCAAACCCUCACCGAAUGCGGUGUGUCAGAGUGGGACUCGAACUUCGUUCACAUCGAACAAGAAACCCUGUUCGAGUUGAUUCUUUUAUGGGGAUAUGAAUUUGAGCAUCCGCUUGAUGAACAUUUCUACUUGUUGUAUGAUCUCUACUAAAAACUACCUGGCUGUUGAACGUGAAAAAUGACUUUACAUCCUCAGUUUUUACUUUCGCUUCUUCUACUUUUGAUGCAGUCACUCCUGAAAAGUCUACUUAGCCUUACUCAAAGAAGUAUGUGCUGCGUCCAUCCCUCUGCAACAAAUAUACCCCCCCAAACCUGUUUUGGCCUUUUUCUAAUCCCUGCCGCGAACUACCUCGAUAUCAAGUCUCUGCUGGAUCUCACCUGCGCUAAGGUGGCGUCCCUGAUCAAGGGAAAGACACCGGAAGAAAUCCGCCAGCAGUUCAAUAUUGCCAACGAUUUCACUCCGGAAGAGGAGGCCCAAGUCCGAGAGGAGAACAAGUGGUGUGAAGAUGCCUAAAACUAGAGGAGCACUUCCACUUCUUAUCCUGAAGGCGACACAAGAAGAUGCAUCUGAUAUAUAAGAAGCUGGUGGAGCAAGGUGCUCUUUCUCAAUCCUGACUUUUCAAUUAAUGACUUAUAUCAUAACACCACAUAAUAUUUAAUAUUGCGACGACCACCUCUCAAUUUGAGUGCUAGGCUCAUUCAAUUUAUUUCAGCGACUUCGACGACUCUGACCCACAUGAUGCAAUAGCUGAAAUUAAAACUCCAGAUGAAUUUCGAAGAUGACCACCUUUAGAACUUCUAAAGUCAUUUUUUCAUUCAAAACUUCUACCCCAACGAACGUCUUGACCCCUUCUUGUUCAUAUUCCGACCUGCAUGAAAAAUUGUGCAACAUGUCGAUACUAUUUCUGCGUAUAUGAAAAAGAUCUUCAACAUUCAUCUUGAGGUGGUGAUCGCAUAACGAAGAUAACGACCUCCACAUUAUAACCAACAAUGUGUGUGGUCGCUGAAAAACAAAAAGCCUGAUGUGAUAAUUUUUAUCAGUCAAAGUAGUACCACCUGCUCCAACUGUAGUUGAAUAAAAAAAUAUUCAAUUUUCAGCCUCCCUUGUCCCGAUCAAAUGACUCUCGUCCUCUUCCAUACUGAUAUGGCAGGCUGUUACCCAACUCUCCUUGUGCAUUCAUUGCACAGUGGUCCUGUUCAUCAGACAAUUUUCUCAACAUCUGCAAAGAACAAGGAGAACUACGUAAUAAAUAUCUUUAUACUGUUGAAGAUGUUGACGAAUCAAAACCAC